AUGAGGGAGUAUGCCAUACAAACGUUUUGUCGAUGGAUGUACGAUACGGGGAUCCCAUUCAACACGGUAAGAACAGAUAAUAUUGGACCAACAAUUGAAGCUCUUAGCCAAUUUGGCCCUGGUAUGAAGCCCCCUAGCUAUCAUGAGGUUAGAGUCACUUAUUUGAAGAAGGAAUUGGAACACACCCGUCUCAUUUUGAAAGACGAUGAUGAGAUUCAGGCUAAAUACGGUUGCACGUUAAUGGCAAAUGGCGAGAAAAUGUUUGAGCUGCUAGAUAAGUAUGUGCAACUUGUUUGGGACAAAAAUGUGAUUCAAGUGGUCACAGACAGUGCAAGCGCAAACAUUUUAGCUGGAUCAUUGUUAGAAGCAAAAUACCCACAUUUAUACUGGUCGCCUUGUGAAGCUCAUUGUAUAGAUUUGAUGUUUGAAGAUAUCUUCAAACUUUCUAAUUUGAAAAAGACAUAUGAGCGGGGUGUGAUGAUUAAUGCCUACAUAUAUAAUAGACCACCUCUUUUAGAUAUUAUGAGAAAUUUUACUAAGAGUACAGAGAUGGUUAGGCCAACAAAAACUCACUUUGCCACUGCAUUUCUAACUUUGAAGCGAUUCCAUGUUCAAAAGGGGAAUUUGAGGAAGAUGUUUACAUCUGAACAGUGGACUAAGAGUAGGUAUGCGAGAGAAGCACAAGGCAAAUUAGUAGCAAGUGUCAUUUUGAUGCCUUCAUUUUGGAACCAUAUCCUUUACAUAAUUAAAGUUGUUGGUCCACUAGUCAAGGUGCUUCGAUUGGUAGAUGGUGAAAGAAAACCACCAAUUGGUUAUAUUUAUGAUGCCAUGGACCGAGCCAAGGAAGCUAUUGCUGCUUCAUUUUCAAACAAUGAAGAGAAAUAUGAAGAUGUGUUUGCAUUGAUUGAUGCUAGAUGGAAUGUUCAACUUCAUAGGCCUUUGCACGCAGCUGGUUAUUACUUGAACUCAGAGUUCUUUUAUGCAAAUUCUAAUAUAGAACAAGAUACAGAGGUUAUGCAAGAUUUAUAUACUUGCAUUUGGAGGAUGGUUCCAACUACUGAAUUGCAGGAUAAAAUUAUUAGCGAACUUUCAACGUACAAAAAAGCAGAAAGACUCUUUGGGUUCCCUUUUGCAAUAAGACAUAGGACUACAAAAGCACCAAGUUUUAUCAAGUAUAAUAGAGCUUUGAAGAGGCUAUAUGAUGCACGUGAUACAAUAGAUCAUAUUAUUUUGGAUGAAAUUGAUGAGAGUAAUGAGUGGUUGUUAGGGAAAUUGACUCUUGAUAGUGAUGAAGAGAAUGCUACAGUAUUUGAGAUGAUGACAUGA